GUACCGGUGUCCUCACUUCCGCCACUCCUCUCUAGGUCUCUGUAACUUCACUUAGGCGAGUUUUCAGGGUCCACCUUCGAUUCCGAACGGGUUCGGCAGCCGGGUGGCGAGGGUGGACCGCCGACGGCGGGCGGGAUGAGCGUGGCGCGGACGCUGCGGGUGCCUGGCCGCCACGGCUACGCCACCGAGUUCUCCCCGUACUUGCCGGGCCGCCUGGCCUGCGCCACGGCGCAGCAUUACGGCAUCGCGGGCUGCGGGACUCUUCUAAUAUUGGAUCAAAAUGAAUCUGAACUGAGGAUUUUUAGAAGCUUUGACUGGAAUGAUGGUUUAUUUGAUGUGACCUGGAGUGAGAACAAUGAACAUGUCCUGGUCACUGGUAGUGGUGAUGGCUCACUGCAACUCUGGGAUACCGCCAAAGAUGCAGGGCCACUGCAAGUCUACAAGGAACACACUCAGGAGGUCUAUAGUGUUGACUGGAGUCAAACCAGAGGUGAACAGCUUGUGGUGUCUGGCUCCUGGGAUCAAACUGUCAGACUGUGGGAUCCAACUGUUGGGAAGUCUCUCUGCACCUUUAGAGGCCAUGAAAGUGUGAUUUAUAGUACAAUUUGGUCUCCACACAUCCCUGGUUGCUUUGCUUCAGCCUCAGGUGAUCAGACUGUGAGAAUUUGGGACAUGAAGGCAGCAGGAGUCAGAAUUGUGGUUCCAGCACAUCAAGCAGAAAUUUUGAGCUGUGACUGGUGCAAAUACAAUGAGAAUUUACUGGUGACAGGGGCAGUGGACUGUAGUUUAAGAGGCUGGGACUUGAGAAAUGUACGACAACCUGUCUUUGAACUUCUUGGUCACACCUAUGCUAUAAGGAGAGUGAAAUUUUCACCGUUUCAUGCUUCUGUGCUGGCCUCUUGCUCCUAUGAUUUUACUGUAAGGUACAGUAGUUAUUGAUAACUUUUAUUUUGAAAUAACAAAUAAUGUUUGCAUCUUUGCAACUUUUAUGUG